GUUUAAACGGCGACCAAACGACUUCAUUCUCAUAUCAAACAAAUAAAAGAAAAUAUGUUCGUCCAAUUACGAAAAAGUUACUAAAUAUUUUUUCAAAAAAAUAUUGCACAUGACGGCGGGUGUACGUUCACGAAAUACUUGAGAAAAAGGGCACAGCAAAACGAAAAAAAUGCAAUUUCCAUAAUAAUCAAACGAUUAAGUCCCUAAAACAAAUCCACAUAUGGGAGAAGAGACUUCAUAACUGAACCGAAGAGAAAUCAGAAAGUAAAGAAGGAGAGCACCUCCACAACCACCAGCAGCAGCAGCAAACAAAGAAAAAGGCAUUAAACGUCUCCUUUGUUGCGACAAGAAGAAGAAGAAGAAGAAGGAGAAGCUGUAGAAAAAAGAACUCCUCCUUAGCCACCUCCGGCUUUAUUUUUGUAUUUACCCAAAAAUUCCAAGGCUAAGAAGCUAGCAGCAAGCAACCAACCCAAAAUAUAUACUAAAUGGGACGCCAAUUUAGACAAGUGGCACUUCGAAGCCAUUUUUAAGAGGAUUUUUGUUUCGUUUUUUUAUUUUUGCAACAUCUUUCAAGAGACGACGCAAGGAAACCAAGCAAGCAAGCAACACUGCCAAAAAAAAAUAAUCCCUACCACAACAGCAACAGCUAUACUGAAAACAAAAGAGGAGAGGGUGGCUCUUUUGUGGAGUAAUUCAUUGCCUUCUACUCCACGUACGCCGCCUACACGUCGUCGACGUCGUGGUAGUCGUCGUCCUCGUCGCCAUCCAAAACAUCUAAGCUGGAUUUUUUAACUUAAGCACAAUUUUUGUUCUAAUUUUAAUAAUUAAAAAAAAUAUUCCGUAAUACAUCUCGCCCAACUGCGGCGGACACACCCCCUACAUCCCCGCUAAAUCAGCCAGACAACAACAACAACAAAAGCAACCAAAAUGUUGUACGUUUUUCAUGUCGAUGUCGGCCGCAUGUUAAAUUUUGAUAUGACAGUUGCACUGUCGUCGGUUGAAAAUCUCAAAGACACCAUUGAACGCCUGCAUGGCAUACCGGCGGCCAAUAUUGUCCUGCUGGUGAGUGGCGGUGAAAUGUUAAUACAUUCCACACAAGUCUCAUAUUAUUCAGCCGGCACCGAUACAAAUCCCAUUUACAUGUUCUUAACGGGCGAUGUUCGCCUGCCAGCCCUUGAGCCUCCCGUGGAGGCAGAUUUGGAUUUGCGUGAACAGGUCGAACGUAGCCUUGAACUGCCGGCUGUCUAUGAUACCGUGGUGAGGAGAGCUCAAAUUGCAUUGCGCAUGCAUGAUUUAGCGCGCGACGAAGAACGGCUGUGCGAACGUUUGGUGCACGAUCAACAUUUGCAACAGCAGGGCUGGUCGGCGGUGGUAGCCAAUUUAGAGGAUUUGACGGAGGAAUUUCGUCAACGUUUUCGUAAUUUCUGCGAUGCUUUUGACAAGCAUUUGGAAAAGAGGUCAUCGUAUUUGGAAUUGUUGCGGAAUUUCGCCGAUGAUUUAACCAAACUGUCACGUAUACCCAUUCUGCCGGGUUUAAUGCCUCUGGCGGAGGCUGAUUUCCAUGGAUUUGAUGAGUUUCUGGAAAAUGACGAUGUGUUUUCUCGUUCCAAAAAUGCCCAGGAAUCGGUAUUAAUGGUGGGUGGUGCUAAUAACGAGUACGCGGAGGAAACAGACCCAGAGACACCAAAGAAAGCAGAGGGUGGUGGUGGUGGUGAAGAGGCCGGUGAUAAUCCCCCAGAUGACAAGUCCACCUCAUCCACCUCCACAUCGCCCAACAAAAAGUUAAAAAUGGGCACCGAUUCCAAUGAAGAGCGCAUCUCUCAAACCUCACAGACAUCAACGUCAUCAACGGCCCGCCGCCUCAAUCUUUUGCAAUGGAUCACCUCCAAGGAGAACCGCAACGCCCUACGGACAAUGGCCGAGGAAUGUGCCCAGGGCUUGAAUACAUUUAACGAAGAGAUCUACGAUAAACUGAAAAUCGAAGUCCAAAACAUCAUCAAACUUGCCGAACAGAAUGAGGUCAAGGAAAUCAGGGGCCUGGGCGAACGCCUGUGCAAGCUGGAAGAAUUCAAAUACAAAAUAAAAAGUAUGGUCAAGGAUCAGCGUGAAUUGUCCACAGCCUUCCAACAGAAUCAAAACAGAGCCAUUAACCUCAGAGAUGCCUCCAUAUUACCCGAUCUAUGUGCCUCGCAUCAAUCUCAGUUAUUGGUUAUGCUGCAAAAUCAUCAGAAAAUCCGAGAUCAUCGGCGCUGCAUUGCCAAGGCCAAGGAAGAGUUGGGCUCAAAUCUGUAUGCCCGUCUGAAACGCAUUGUCUUCAUUGAGAAUGCCAUGAGCGAGUUUGAUAACCGGCUGUUGUUUUAUCUACGCUGUUUGCGCAGGGCCGAGCGGCACAUACACAUCAUAGAUCAGAUCCAUCAGGCACCGAAUAUGUACGUGGCUGCCGUCACAGAAGUAAUGCGCCGUAAAAUCUUUUCCUCAGAGUUUCGCCUGUGGGCCUCUAAGUUGGCCGAGGAUUUUGAUGGCAUCCACAGUGAAGAGAUGAAACGUCGUCAACAGUUCAAUGUCAACUUCGAGGGGCAUUUCCUGAAUAUUUUAUUUCCCGGUAUGACCGAUAUGCCGCCGGCCUUUGCCAAUGAAUAUCCACUCGUGUUUGAUGCUCGUCUGCCGAAUAUCACAAAAUCGGAUAUUGAUGUUCUUACCACACAUUUACCCGAAAUGGCCUCGCAGAUACAAUUGCCCGAUAUGGAACCUGUGAUAUAUUUUUUUGUUUCUCGUUCGGGUAUGCAUCAGCGGGAGCGUUUUGAAGAAUUGCUCAAAAAGAGAGAGAAGAUCGAAAUCCAGGAAUGUUUAAAACAAUUGGCGGCCGAGAUGGGUGAGGGCGACUCUGGUUCCUCAUCAUGUAAAGCCAUGCAGACGAGCGGGAAAAUCCUGGUAAAUCCUCGUGUAAAUGAGCUACGUAAAGACACAGGCGGUGGGGGAGGAGGCGGAGGAGUGACGGGCGGCGAAGAAUCAGAAACCGAUACCGAAACUGAAUUCGAACAAGUGGCGGCCGUACAGCAAUCUGUUGCAACAUCAAUGACCGACAACCCAUUCCUCCCACAAGGCCUUACAAAAAGUACCGGUACCGAAAGUGUUUUAAUGCAAAGUGCCGAAACCCUGACAGAGGAAACAGGCGACUCCCUAAAGGCAGAAGUCACACGUAUGCGAGCAAUGUUGGGAGCCAUGUCUAAAUUGGCUUUGGAUUGCAUACAACUGGCACGAAGUAAUCUACAGAGUUUUCGCGAGGAAGCCACAACACAAAAAGAAGAUCUCCAGUCAGAAUUGCAAAAUCUCAAUGAUAAAUGGAAUGUGAUACGUAUGCAAUGUGAAGCCCGGGAACAGGAUGCCCGCACCAUCGAAGAACAAAGAGAACGCGACAUCUUACUGCUAAGAGAAGAGCUUAAGAAACGUGAGUGCGAACUGCAGGAGGAAAGGGAGAGAAAUGCCGAAAUGGCCACGAUGCAAAUAAAAUGUGCAACUCUGGAAGCCCAGCUGGAGGAGUUAAGGGAAAAACUAAAAUCAGUGGAUGCCGAAAGGGAACAGGCCGUCUCUGAGGCAUGUGAAAAACUCAUACAUGCCCAUAAAACCGAGCUGGAGUCACUGCGUCAACGUUUCAAGUUAAUGACUUCAAUGGAACGUUCACCAUCGGAUCUUAGUCUAGAAGUACCCACAAUGGUCGCCGGCGGCGGCAGCAGCAGCAGCGGAGAACGUAGUCUGGAAAAUGUCAUUGACAAGACGCAACAUGAACAGCAAAUGAAGCAACUACGCUCAGAGCUGGAAGCUGAAAAAGAAAAGGCCAUAACGGCAGCCAUUGAAGUGGAACGCUCCAUAUGGCAAUCGAAAAUAUUCCCACUCAAUUCAGAAUCUGUGAUGGCCAACGUUGGCAUUCUUAAGCAAAUGAUUGUAGACAAGGAGCGCCAACUGGAGCAAUUGCGCGAAAAGGAUCUAAUGUUGACAAAGGAAAAUUUCCAAUUGAAAACACGCCUGGAUGCGUUGACCAACGAGGAGGGCAACAGUUGGCUAAAGGAGAAAAUCGAUUAUUUGAAUCGUGACAAGUGUCGCCUGGAGGAGGAACUAAAUCAGGAGAAAUCGAAACGUCUAGAAAUGGAAACAUCUGUUGCAGCUCUCAAGGGCUCCACUUAUGAACAAUCUACCUUGCCACGUUCCAAAUCCAGUGGUUCUAGUCAGAAAUCCAUCAUAUUGGAGUCGUGCACCAAAGGUGAUUUGGUCUUUGUCGUCUGGAGCAUGCGUCACGGCCAAUUUAUGGUUGUACAAGAUUCCCCCAGUUUAUAUUUUGUUCAUGGUGACAGUUUGGCUGCACUGAAUUUACGUUUACCCCAACCGGGCGAUGAUACCAGCAUACCAAUGCCUUACUAUGCCAUUGGUCGUGUGGUAGAAAAGGAGUAUUGUCAGGCUCGAAAGGAUGAAAACCGUUAUCGUGUCAAUAGAGGCUCUAAAUUUUAUCGUAUUAAAUUGGUACCAUUGCUAUUCAGGCAGUCGGUUAGACGUGAACGUUUAGAAUCAUUCACCACAUCAAUUAGUCGUUCAAUAUCACAAAGUGAGUCUCAUGGCGGCGAUAACAUACUGGCGCCAUCUUCUUCAUCGGCAACAAACACAUCGUCGUCAUCAUCACCAUCAUCGACAGCUGUAUUGGGUUCGGGCACAACACCAUCAUCAUCGUCGUCAUAUUCAACGCAUGGUGUAACUUUAACUGCAGCAAAGGAUGUUGUUGAUUCCACUACAAGUGGCAGCGGAGCUGCAACAACAUUACCAAUGGCCACAUCUCCCAUAACUGUUAUAACAACUACAGCCAGCAGCUCCAGUCACCAUUCAUCAGCUGGUAAUGUUUCGGGUCCCCAAAUGUUAACCUUUAAGGAGCGUACCAUGAGCAUUACCAGUGUGACGGAAGAGGAUGAUGAGCCGGUGUCAUUGUUAAGUGAACGUUGCCGCUACAUCAGUGUUAGUGAGGAGGAUGAAAAUGCCAUUGCGGAAAUGGUGGCCGAAACAAUGGUGACAUCGGCAAAUGCCGCAGCAGUUACGUCAGCCGCUGCAACAUCAUCAUCUUUGUCUAUGUCACUGACAAUGUCGGCGACAACAGCGGCGCCCACAACAACAACAACAACAAAUCAACAAACAACUGUGAUAACAGAGCAGCCAACAGCAACAGCCAGCAAAUUGGAAUUAGAUUUAAUGUUGGCCUCUGCUGAUAUAAAUACAACAUUAACCGAUACAAUAACAACAACAACAACACAAGAUAAUAAUGAAAACAUUACAACAACAACAACACAAACGAAUACAACUAGUAGCAACAUCCCCCAUAAUCCCUCUGCAUUAAGUUCAACGACAGCUGAUGUAGAUGCAAGCAACAGUGGCUAUGGCGAUGACGACGACGACGUUGCAACACCACAAAUUGUGGUGGCAUCUACAUCAUCAGCAGCAGCAUCAUCAUCCGCAACAGCAGCAGCAGCAGCAACUCCUCUUUUUAUAACUCCUUCAUCCAAUGAAGUCGCUGACAAAAGCUCACCUUCCAUACCAACAUCGAUUGGUACCACAACAAGUGAGGAUUCGGAUGAAUAUCGAUCAUUGGAACCAAAAGAUGAUACGGAUUUUCCAAUAUCCGAAUAGUGUUGAAAUUUAUUAUUUCAAUGCUAUUCUAUGCUAAUGAUAUUACAACAACAACAACAGCGGACAAUGCUACAACAUCAUGGCUUGGUGACAUUGAUUAAAUAACACAAAAACUAAGUAAAUAAAUUAUUAACGACCGACAAUGACGACGAUAGAUUGAUUCUAAUGCUAAAAUAGUAAAGCUGACCAACCACAAUAAGAAUUACAACACUAGUGUUAAUUAACAGAAACGACAAACGACAAUUCUUUAAUACAACAAUUUACUAUUAUAACAAAACAACAACAACCAGAAGAAAUACAAACUACUACUACUAUAACUACUCCUUUAAUGUUGUGCUGCUAUUCUCUAAAUGUUUACCAAAAAAAAAAGAAGAAAAAGAAAAAAAAAAACAAAACAAAUGAAACUAAAUCAAAUUACAAACCGAAAUACAAUACACAAUAAUUGUUCUAAAAAUAAUAAUGAAAAGAAAAAAAAUGGAAUAAAUACUGCAAA